UUCUAGGGCUAGAAUCCUUAGUCCUGCCCUGGCGAUUUUGUUGUUGCGCGCUAUUUUCAACCGUCACGUUAAAUAGAAGCAUCGUGUUCCAUAACUGAAUGUUUAAGUAUUAUUUGCAACAGUCUUGUUAAGAUGUCCUGGACCUUGGUAUUACCACUAAUAGCAGACAAGAGUAUGAUGUGACAAGAGAACACUUUGCCCUACAUUUAAUGAUUAAUCUACCGUUUUUUAUGAGAUAUAUGUAUCAAUGUAUGAAGUGUUUAUUACAUUGAGAUGGCGUCGUCAUUUAAAUAUACACACGCUGUGGUUUCCAGAAUUCCAAAUUCUUUAGUAACAUCUACAAAUAAUAUUGAUCUACAAGAAGCUAAAAAACAGCAUGAAACUUAUGUCAGAGUACUUAGAGAGUUGGGAUUGGAUGUGAUCGAGUUACCACCUGAUGAACAAUUACCUAUGUGUGUUUUUGUGGAAGAUACUGCUGUAGUUUGCAAUGGAACUGCAUUGAUAGCACGACCUGGAGAUCCAAGCAGAUUAAAAGAAAUUGAGACAAUUCGAGUGGUACUCAAAAAAGAAUUAGAUUUACCGAUAAUAGAAAUCUCAGAUAGUUCAGCUAGAUUAGAUGGAGGCGAUGUUCUAUUCACAGGAAAAGAAUUUUUUGUUGGAAUAUCUCAAUGGACCAAUGAAGCUGGUGCUAGGGCAGUUGCUGCUGCAUUUCCAGAGUAUCCGUGUACACCUAUCAAGGUACCUAGUGCUAAACACUUGAAAGCAUUUAUAUCUAUGGCUGGUCCAGAUCUCUUGUGUGUGGGUGCUGGUAAAGAAUGCCAAGAAGUUCUUAAGAGAAUGGAGAGGGAAGCAACAUUUAGCUAUCAAACACUUACAUUACCAGAGGACGAUGCAACUAAUGUGCUCUUUCUGAAUGGAACCUUGGUACACAGGAGUAUAGAUGAAAUUCCUUCUUCAUUCAAGGUAAUUGGUAAUAAAGUAGAUUUUCCUCGAAGAUCUGUCAAUAUAUCUGAAUUAGCAAAGGUUUCCUGUGGGUUGUCAUCAAGUUGCAUUUUAAUAAAAAGGAUGCGGCAUAUAAGAAGCCUCUAAUUAAUUAAAAAAAUAAAGAACCAAAACGUCAAUCUGUUGCAUGUUUGCAGUCAUUUUCAUCAUUACUGACCAAAUAGUAUUUUAUUCAGUAAAUGCAUUUAAUAUGUUCUUUUGGACAAGGUAUGAUGUAUUUUCCUUGCAAUAAUUUGAAGAUAUUUUGUCCAAAUAGAUACAUUACAUUUUAUUCUUUUUGAGACUAUUGAGGGAAGUUAUUUUCAUGAAUCUCCUGAAAUAAUUAAGUGAUUAAACUGAUUGGUAAUUCAUAUAAAAUAUGAUAUUAUUUGAAUCUCAUUUUCAUAAUAUUUUUAUUUGCUUUUAUUUUAUUAAUGAAUAUUUUUUUAAAUAUUCUAAAUUCAGAUGAGUGGCAAAUAAUUACUUUGUUUUGAAUAUAUUAAUGUAAUAAGCAAUAUAUGUGCAUGAAUACCUAGAUUUAAUGUUAUUGAAAACCAUUCCAUAUACAUGAAAUAUGAGUAAUAAUUUUAGGGAGAAGUCCUUUAUAAUUUUCCUAUAGAAAUAUUUUCUAAUCUUAUGUUUUUGUAUAUACCUACACAUUACAUUCGUACCUUGAAAAAUUUUAUGAUAUAUUCAGACUACUGCCACAUGAAAACCUAAGAUAGUUUCCAUUGAAAUGUUGUUAUUGCUGGUAUAUGAUAACGAGAUUAUUAUUCUAUAUUGUUAUUAGAAUCCUUUGUCCAAUUUUUUUCAUGAUAUAAUUUUUAUUUCACAAUUAGAAUUAUCCAUUAUUUUCUUAACUAUUUACUAAGUAUUUAAAAGUUUGAACAGAAACUUAGCAAUGUUCUGUAAUCUCAUAAUUGAGAAAAAAUCUAUUAAUAUGCUUUGCUUGAUAUUCUGAAAUAUAUAACAAGAAUAAUUCUUUCAUAAAAUUUUUUAUAUCUACACUCCUUGACAAUUCUGGAAUUUGCAUAUUUUUUUGAGUUUAUAGGUGUUGAGUGCCUUGAAUGUGGAGGAAAUGACCAUUAUUGAAAAAGAUUUUAUUUAUACAAAUAAGAAGUAACAAUAAAAAAAAUCAAUAACGUCAAAAAAGUAACAUUCUUCUGAAAAAUAAAAAAAAAAGAUUAUUAAUGACUACCAUUUUGUCAAGGAAUGUACUAUUAUUUUGAUGAAUAUUUUAUUGAGAGAAUUUUUCUCCUUUGAUUAUGUAUGAAAAUCAAUAUCUCAGUAUUUGUUGGUGAAAGAUUUCAAAUGAAAUAUGCCUACAUUCCAUUUAUCCAACAUUAAGAUCUAAGUCUUUGAAUUAAAUCUCAACUUCAACAACAAAUUCAGCCUUACACAUAUUCUACAAGUGAGAACUAAUGAGAUUUCUCUUUUGAAUUAUAGCAAUCUUAAAUGAAUGUCAUCCCUAGUUAAAAAUUCUUAUGUAAUAUUGUUCUUUUUUUACAUCAUUUGAUUGAUUUCACAAUCUCCUUGGAGGAAGGAUGAACCUAUUAAAAUUUUAAUAAUGAACUCUUGCAUACUUUUCAACUAGUUCAUUAUAUAUAAUUAAAACUAGGGGAUAUUUUUGUUCAAGAGGACAACAGUUUGUUGUUUCAUAUAAACACAAAUAUUUUCUUAAAGACCAUUGAAAUUUUUUCAGUUAGUUUUUGUAGGGUAUGUGUGUAUCCUGUAGUUUUCAUCUAAUUAUUCUACAGUUGGAUUUGUAUUUUGUAAUAUGCUUGGAUGAUAAUGAAAAAAUUUAAUGUGAAACGUUUUUGUUACUAUUGUUUUUGACUUCUCAAAUAUUUACUGUGAAAACUUGUUAUUGAUGUAGUAUUUAUGAAUGUUAUAUACAAAAAGGUAAAAAAUAUUUUUAUGGGUGCAGCUACUUUCAAACUAAUUAUCUGUUGGUACAAACAUAUUUCCAUGUAAUUGUUAUUCUUCUGUAGAGUUUAUUGUGAUUACAUCUUUAAAUCCAGCCAAUAAAAAUUAUCAUCA